CGACCUGGCUUCCCGCCCGGAGAGGCGGAGGGGCCAGCACAGCCUCCCGCGCUAAAGCCUCCGCACCCCUGCGCCUCCGGGGCGCGCUGGGACAGCGGCGGGGCCCCACGGGGAAGCCGCCCCUUCUGCCCCCCGCAACCCCGCCCGGCCGCGGGGGGGCGCCGCGCUCCCGCACCUUCCACACCCCACACCUGCAGCCAUGAGGCUGCCGCGCGCGGCGGCCCGCCUGCUGCCGCCGCACCCACUCGGUGGCGGGGCCGGCCCCCCGCCGCGGCGAGCGGCCGCCCGGGCCUCCGGGCAGCUGGAAAACAAAACAAAAGGGAAACUUCAGAAGCAGGUUUGUCAAGUCGUUCUGGAUCAUUUUGAGAAGCAGUACACAAUGGAACUGGGAGAUACAUGGGCCAGUGUCAGAGAUGUACUCACACACCCAUUGUGCUGGCAGUAUGCCGUCCUGCUUAACAAGUUCAGCCAGUCUACUGAACUGGAGAGCACCUUGCGUGUGAAGGGAUAUCAUCCUGCCCUUCAAGGACCUUUGCCCUAUCUUCCUGCAUCAUUGAAAUGUUACAUCAGGAGAACUCCCGGGAGAUUCCCUGCGCAAAAGCACCAGGCUGGUAAACUGAAAGAGUAUUAUCUGCUGAAUGCUGCUUCGCUGUUGCCAGUGCUGGCGUUAGAAGUGAAAGAUGGGGAAGACGUUUUGGAUGUCUGUGCUGCACCAGGGGGUAAAUCGGUAGCUAUACUGCAGUGUGCCUGUCCAGGUCAGUUUCACUGUAAUGAAUAUGAUGAUUUGAGGUCAAGAUGGUUGAAACAGACGAUAGAAUCCUUCAUCCCGGAUCCUUUGAUUAACUUAAUAAUGGUCUCUAAACUGGAUGGUAGACAGAUUGGAGAUCUUAAGCCUGAAUUAUAUGACAAGGUACUGGUUGAUGCUCCUUGUUCAAAUGACAGAAAUUGGCUAUUCUCUUCUGAUAUUCAGCAAGCUACACUUAGGCUAAUACAAAGCAAGGAGUUAUCGUCUCUACAAUUCCAGCUGCUAAGGUCUGCUAUCAAAGCAUUGCGUCCUGGUGGAUCGUUGGUCUAUUCUACGUGCACUCUCUCAAAGGCAGAAAACAGCGAUGUAAUAAAUCUCAUUCUAAACUCCUGCAGUAACGUUAUGCCCGUAGGCAUAAGUGAAAUGGCCAAAGCUGUUUCUCAGGAAUUCACUUUUCUCCAUGGUAUGCAACAGCAUGAACUUCUGGUUCUCCCAGAGAAAGGGAGAGCAUGGGGUCCAAUGUACAUAGCUAAAUUAAAGAAGGUGUAGUCCAUCUGAUGCCUGUUAGUUUUUAUUUUUUUAUAGGGGAUAUGUGAUAUAUUAGAAAUAUUAAUUUAGUAUGUGUAUAUGAACGUGUCCAAGGCAACUGAAUUUAGCCUGUUGCAGGUUUGUAUCAGCUGCUGCCUAAUAAACAGGAAGCUAGACACGUAACUUAGUUUAGCUUGAAAUACGGAAUGUGUCUUCUAAUGUGGAUUUGUGGGUCUCUGUGAAGCCCUUGUGAAGUCAAGGGAGCUUUGUGCUAUUUUCAAGGUGAUGCUCUUAAAUGGAUUUACAUCCUAGAACAGAGGCCUGUGUGGUGGGUUUCUGCCAGUGCUGUUUUUUUUUUUGUUUUGUUUUGGUUAGUUUUUUCUUAAUUACUAAUUUGGUUUUAAUACAGUAUAUUUUAAAGUAAAUGGUCUGAAUAGUGCCUGCUUCUGAAGUAAUGAAAAUCUCAAACACAUCUAGAAAUCUGUUUUCCUGUAAGAACUGAUUUGUAUGCAGAGUCUGUCAUCUUAAGCGCUCGCUAUUCCAAGCACUGGCAAAACAGGUUUCAUAUUUGUGAAGAAUAUUACGUUAAUUCAUUAUGUCGUAUCUGGGUGUGUAAGGAAGGAGGGUCCCAGUGAGAACAGGUACUGAUGUUCUUUUUAGGUUCCCUCAAUUCUGCUACACAAUGCUAUGGAUAAAUGUGUAGACAUACAUGCACAUGUUCCCGUAUAUGCACAUGCAAACUGUGUCUUCCUGUGUAAUGGUGUAUAUAAUAGGUUGAAUGCUUGACUCUCCGAGCAAAGAGUCGUCUUUUCCCUGAUUGAAGCUUGUAAUAACUGUUUUUAAGGAAUGGUGUUUUAAAGAACAGAGAUAUUUUUUUUCUGAUAGAUGAGUUGCUUCUGUGGAAAUGUGUGUAAUGUGUGUAUGUGACACUGUGUACAUGUAUAUAUUUCAUAUGUUUUGCAUGUACAUCUCUGUAUAUAUGUAAUUAAGUUUUUUGCAAUCGCAAACAUGACUUGUUAAUGCAGAUUUGAUUGUGGUUUUUUUUUCCCCCCUGAAUACAAAAGAACAUCAACUUGUAAAUACUGUAAAAACUACCAAAUGGAUGAUGCUGCACCUCAUUAACAAAGGCAGGAGUAAAGAAGAUUGCCUGA